UUUCGUUCAUCUAAUAAUCGAUCCUCAUUUUCAUUCUUCGUUGUUACAUAACAUUCACAUUUCCAGAAAGAGAGAGAGAGAGAAGAAGAAGAAGAAUGGGGAGCGAAGAGGAGAACGGGGAAUUCUACUUGAGAUACUAUGUUGGGCACAAGGGGAAGUUCGGUCACGAGUUCUUGGAGUUCGAGUUCAGACCCGACGGUAAGCUUCGUUACGCUAACAACUCCAACUACAAAAACGACACUAUCAUUCGCAAGGAGGUUUACCUCACUCCUGCCGUUCUCCGCGAGUGUCGUCGUAUCAUUUCCGAAAGUGAAAUCAUGAAGGAAGACGAUAACAACUGGCCGGAACCUGAUCGAGUUGGACGGCAGGAGCUCGAGAUUGUGAUGGGGAAUGAACACAUCUCCUUCACAACAUCAAAGAUUGGAUCUCUUGUGGAUGUUCAGAGCAGUGCAGAUCCGGAAGGUCUUCGCAUCUUUUACUAUCUUGUUCAGGAUUUGAAGUGCUUCGUCUUCUCUCUUAUUUCACUUCACUUCAAGAUCAAGCCUAUAUAAGAUGUUUUAUAAUGUUUAGUGCUCGUUCAUACUCUCUCGGAAUGUGUACUUGUUAAGCAACUAUCCCUCUGUUUGCUAGUAGAAUUUGACAUCUGACAGAGUAGCUUUAUUUAUAAUUUGUUACCUGAAUUGGAAUUUUUUGAUUUGAAUGGAUGGCCCUUGUACCAAAAAAGUUGA